GUCUAUUAAAUGGAAAAAUCCAAGAGAUUGGUAGUAAACAUCCGACAAAACCUGAUCACAGAAAAUGAGAAGUAGCUAGGUGCAGUGGCACACACCUGUAAUCUCAGCACGCUAGGGGCCGAGGUAAAUUGAAGCCUUCACAGGCAACUUAUUAACGUAAUGGGCCUCUGUCUCAAAAACAAACAAAUACAAAAAUUUUUGAGGGCUGGGGAUGUAGCUUGGUAUUAAGGCCUAAGGUUCAAUCCUCAGUACUCCCUGCCCCGCCAAAAGAGGAACCUCUGUCUCCCAAGGGCUCAUUCCAUGUCACAUUGAGUAGAAAUCAAAGGAAUGUAAAUACAUUGUCUAUGUUACAACAGUAACAACAGACGCCAGUCAUUUUUUUUACUUAUGUUGAAAAUAAAAUCAUUUGAACAUAGUUUAAAAAUUUGAAGAACAACAACAACAAAAAAUAUUUUUAACUUUUUUCUCCUAGGACCUCUGGAAGCAACAUGGGUUGCCAGCAGCUCUGCUGGAGCCACCCGAGGAAAUUCGGCCAGGGCUCUUGUUCCUGCAGUCUGAUUCCGAAAUGCGGGCUGAACAUGUGCCGCCAGUGUUUCCGCCAGUACGCGAAGGAUAUCGGCUUCAUCAAGUUGGCUUAAAUGAUUUUCCUUCAUGGAUUAUCCAGGACAUAUGUUCAGUGAAAGAAACAAUGCAAACUCUUUGUACAUAAUAUAAACAAUUUAAAAACUUAAAAAAAUUUUUUUUAAGAAAAAGCGGGCUGGAGAUUUAGCUCAGUGACACAAGCACCUGCUUGGCAAGAGUGAGGUCAUGAGUUUGGUCCCUGGUACCAAAACAACAACAACAAUGACAAAAAUCCAAAUAGAAUAAAUCAGAAUUACAAUUAAUAUUGUUUUUA